AUGUAUACAUACCUUUCUACUUCUCUGAUACAUAGAAAUCCAGAUCCGGGUAAUGACUUGCGACACGCCAUUUUCCCGACACUAAGCGCGGGAACCUUGAGCCAAGGAUGGGAAGAGCCGACGGAAGACAAUGGACAGGAGUUGCUGAGACAGGAGACAAUUAGAGGGAGCGGAUUGGCUUCGGAUGAGGCUGGGUUCAAUGGACUCCUCCGGAUGACCCCUACAGAUAGAAUGUCAGAGGAGACAACCGCCAUUCUUCUCCUCUCCGUCAAAUAUAGGAGAACAGACUUGUCUUGA